AGCCUUGCGCCUAGCCCUGUACGCAGUAGUCUUAUAUAUCUUACUUUUUAGUAUUAUUUUUGUUUCAUUUUUGUUUAUUUGUAGUUCCCAGAAAUAAUUCCAUCUGUUCUUCGCAUAUCUUGGGGUUAGGAGGUGUGGAUUCAUCUUAUUGAAGCGAUCAAAAGUUCAAAAGUUAGGUUUCCCACCUGUGUUGAUUGCCGCCAUUCUCCUUCUUACACAUAUAAUAUAUAGUAUUUCUUGUAAGAUUUCGCUAUUGAUAUCGAUACAACAAUCAAGAUUUAUCGUUUAGGCAAUUGUGCGCGUUUUUUGGGGUCAAUUGUCGAUUGUCGAUUUCUAGGUUUUAGUCCUUGAUUUCUAGAUUUAGGAUCGGGGACUUGGAUUUCAAUUUCCAGCUAAAGGAUAUCAUAUUUUAAGGUUUUUCUGUAAUUCGGGUUUGUAAGAGAGAUUAUGGAUAAGAAGAAGGUCGCAGUUCCUCUCGUAUGCCAUGGGCAUUCUCGGCCAGUAGUUGAUUUGUUCUAUAGCCCGAUCACUCCAGAUGGGUUUUUCCUUAUCAGUGCCAGCAAAGAUUCGACUCCUAUGCUUAGAAAUGGAGAAACUGGAGACUGGAUAGGAACCUUUGAAGGGCAUAAAGGUGCAGUAUGGAGUUGCUGUCUUGAUACUAAUGCUCUACGUGCUGCAUCAGCAUCUGCUGAUUUUUCAGCGAAAUUAUGGGAUGCAUUAACUGGAGAUGUGCUGCAUUCAUUUGACCACAAGCAUAUUGUUCGAGCAUGUUCUUUUUCAGAGGAUACACAUUAUCUUCUGACUGGUGGAUUUGAGAAAAUGCUUCGUAUAUUUGAUUUAAAUCGACCAGAUGCCCCUCCAAGAGAAUUUGUAGAUUCACCAGGUUCUGUGAGGACUGUUGCAUGGCUCCAUAGUGACCAAACAAUAUUAAGUUCUUGCUCUGAUUCUGGUGGUGUAAGGCUUUGGGAUGUGAGAAGUGGGAAGAUUGUUCAUACUCUUGAAACAAAAGCAUCUGUUACAAGUGCUGAAGUGAGUAAAGAUGGUCGUUAUAUAACCACUGCAGAUGGAUCUUCUGUCAAGUUUUGGGAUGCAAACCAUUUUGGAUUGGUGAAAAGUUACGAAAUGCCAUGCAAUGUGGAAUCAGCAUCAUUGGAGCCAAAAUUUGGUGACAAGUUUAUUGCUGGAGGGGAAGACAUGUGGAUUCGACUAUUUGACUUCAAUACUGGCGAAGAAAUUGGAAUCAACAAGGGGCACCAUGGUCCAGUCCAUUGUGUGAGGUUUUCACCAGGGGGUGAAUCAUAUGCAUCUGGAUCCGAAGAUGGAACCAUAAGAAUAUGGCAAACAAUGCCUUUGACUAUGAAUCAGAAUCAAAAGGAGAAAGAAAACUCUGUUCCAAAUGGCCCAUCAACCACCAAAGAGGUGGUGAACAAACCAAUAACAGCCGCUGAAAUUGGCACAAAAUUGGAAGAUUUGAAACUUGGGAAACCUACAACAACCACUAAGUAAAGUACUAAGUAAGUAAAAGUAGUAAGGGGUGGUUACUUUGUUAACAUUUGUGUGUGUAAGUUUAUGGUAAUGGUAUGGUGUCACUUCAUCUUUUUGAAAUAAACACGACUUGACUUGACUUUA